UCUCUCGUUUGCUUCUUCUUCUUCUUCUCUCUAGUCUCUCUCUGUCUCUCUAGACCACACCACGUACACAGGCUCUUCCUUGUCAUCUUGUUGCCGAAUCUCUCAAUCGUUCCCACUACUAGGUAUAAAGUUUCGUCCUUUACUUGAUUUUUACGACUUUGGAUUUUGGGUUUUGAUUUCUGGAGAACAUAAGCUCUUGUUCGAUCCAUGGGCUCUUAUCCGGAUGGGUUCCCUGGAUCCAUGGACGAUUUCACUAGCGAGUUUGAUUUGCCUGCCUCGAACAAUACCAUAGGUUUAGCUAAUGGAUUCUAUCUAGAUGAGCCUUUCUUAGAUUUCGUAUCCAUGGACCCUCCUCCGCAGUCAUAUCCCCAGAACGACGACAAAGCUGCAACAGGAGAUCUGUUAUCAUCUCCGUCUGAUGAUGCUGAUUUCUCGGAUUCGGUUUUGAAGUAUAUAAGCCAAGUGCUUAUGGAGGAGGACAUGGAAGAGAAGCCUUGUAUGUUUCAUGACGCCUUGGCUCUUCAAGCUGCUGAGAAAUCUCUCUAUGAGGCCCUUGGCGAGAAAUACCCUUCUUCUGUGGACCAUCCUGAGAAAUUGCUUAACGAUAGCCCCGACGGUUCUUUUUCUGGUGGUGCCUUUAGUGACUACGCUAGCACCACCACUACCACUUCCUCUGAUUCACACUGGAGUGUCGAUGGUUUAGAGAGUAGAUCUUCUUGGUUGCAGACACCCAUGCCGAGUAAUUUUGUUUUCCAGUCCACUUCUAGAUCUAACAGUGUCACCAGUGGUGGUGGUAAUAGUGCGGUUUUCAGGUCAGGUUUUGGCGAUGAUUUGGUUUCGAAUAUGUUUAAAGAUAGUGAUUUAGCUAUGCAGUUCAAGAGAGGGGUGGAGGAAGCGAGUAAGUUUCUUCCCAAAUCUUCUCAGCUCUUUAUCGAUGUGGAUAGUUACAUCCCCAGAGACUCAGGUUCCAAGGAAAAUGGUUCUGAGGUUUUUGUCAAGACAGAGAAGAAGGAUGAGACAGAACAUCAUAGCUCUGCUCCUCCCCCAAACAGAUUGACUGGAAAGAAAACUCAUUGGCGUGACGAUGAUGAAGAUUCUGUUGAAGAAAGAAGUAACAAGCAAUCAGCUGUUUAUGUUGAGGAAAGCGAGCUUUCUGAAAUGUUUGAUAAGAUCUUGGUAUGUAGCACUGGGAAACCCGUAUGCAUUCUUGACCAGAAGUUUCCAGCAAAAGUUGAGACGACACAGCAAGUUGGGGUGCAGUCAAAUGGAGCAAAGAUUCGUGGGAAGAAAUCAAAUGCUACUAGUCAAAGUAACGAUGCUAAGAAAGAAACUGCUGACUUGAGGACUCUUUUGGUGUUAUGUGCACAAGCUGUAUCAGUGGAUGAUCGUAGAACCGCCAACGAAAUGCUGAGACAGAUACGGGAGCAUUCUUCGCCUCUAGGCAACGGGUCCGAGAGAUUGGCUCAUUAUUUUGCAAAUAGUCUUGAAGCACGCUUAGCUGGGACCGGUACACAGAUAUACACUGCUUUAUCUUCAAAGAAAACAUCUGCAGCAGAUAUGUUGAAGGCUUACCAGACAUACAUGUUGGUCUGUCCGUUCAAAAAAGCUGCUAUCAUAUUUGCUAACCACAGCAUGAUGCGUUUCACUGAAAACGCCAACACCAUCCACAUAAUAGAUUUCGGUAUAUCUUACGGUUUUCAGUGGCCUGCUCUGAUUCAUCGCCUCUCGCUCAGACCUGGUGGUUCACCUAAGCUACGGAUUACCGGUAUAGAGCUUCCUCAACGCGGUUUUAGACCAGCGGAAGGAGUUCAGGAAACGGGUCAUCGCUUGGCUCGAUACUGUCAGCGACACAAUGUUCCGUUUGAGUACAACGCAAUUGCUCAGAAAUGGGAAACAAUCAAAGUCGAAGACUUAAAGCUUCGACAAGGAGAGUAUGUAGUUGUGAACUCUUUGUUCCGUUUCAAGAACCUUCUAGAUGAGACCGUUCUGGUAAACAGCCCAAGAGAUGCGGUUUUGAAGCUGAUAAGAAAAGUGAACCCAAACGUCUUCAUCCCGGCGAUCCUAAGCGGAAAUUACAACGCGCCAUUCUUUGUCACGAGGUUCAGAGAAGCGUUGUUUCAUUACUCGGCUGUGUUUGAUAUGUGUGACUCGAAGCUAGCGAGGGAAAACGAGAUGAGGCUGAUGUUUGAGAAAGAGUUUUAUGGGAGAGAGAUUAUUAAUGUCGUGGCUUGUGAAGGAACGGAGAGAGUAGAGAGACCAGAGACGUAUAAGCAGUGGCAGGCGAGAUUGGUCCGAGCCGGAUUUAGACAGCUUCCGCUUGAUAAGGAACUGAUGCAAAAUCUGAAGUUGAAAAUUGAUAACGGGUACGAUAAAAACUUUGAUGUAGAUCAAAACAGUAAUUGGUUGCUUCAAGGUUGGAAAGGUAGAAUCGUGUAUGCUUCAUCUGUAUGGGUUCCUUCUUCGUAGAUGUUCUUUCUUGCUUUCUAAGCGACUGGGUUCUUCUAUCUAGGGCUUUUUUCUGUUGAUAGUCUCUCUCGCCAACACGAGUGGAUUAAGUUCAGAGUUAGGUUCUUGGACACUAGGGUAUUUUGUUAUAUAUACUUGUGACAUAGCGUGUGUGUGUGUGUGUGUGUAAGAGUAUAACAUAUAUGAGAUAUAGUAGUACUCACAACAUAAGCUUUUGCUAUAUGUUUCAUGUAAUCUUUUGCUGAAUAAAGAAUGAAAUGUUACAUUUUUUUCAAA